CAUCUGCGUCCCUCUGCUGUGUCCUGUGAGUCUGCUGUCCAUUUUCACCACAGAUCUGGAGAUUUUUCUAGUCACGACCAGAUUCCUCAAUUUUCCUCUUCUACUAUGGGUGUGGCAGACGAACUGUGCAAUGAGCUGUUCCGUUGGAUUGUUCAGCAGGAGGAAUGUGCAGAUAAACUCAUGGAAUUGGCCACAGAGCUGGAGAACAUGCGGGAGAAGAUGACUACAGGCCAGUUAGUGGGAAACACCGCAACUGUGCUUGGGUCUGCCGCCCUUGUUGGAACAGGCAUUGCAACAUUUCUGACCGGAGGCCUGGCUGCACCCUUGCUGGUAGCGGCAGCUACUAUCACAGCCGGAGCGGGUACUGCAGCUAGUGUUACAUUUUCGAUUGUGGAGACAUGGAAAUCCAGUGAAACAAUGAAAAAAGCAGAGAAGACUGCUAAUCAAAUCAAACAGACCCAGAACAAUAUUGAAGGGCUCCAGAAGAAACUCCAGAAGGAGUGUGAGAGUCAAUGCUUUAAAGCGCCAUCCUCCGAUGAUGUGCAGUGUGAAAUCAUAGCGAGAAUCCUGAGAGCCAUGGCCAAACGGAGUGGGAGAGAUCUGUCCCUUAGUUACAUAAGGCACCUCUUGAGAAGUGAUGUCAUGGAUACACAUCACAGAUAUCCUGAGUUUAAUCUAGACGCUGAAUUCUUCGGCAAAGUCAGUUGUUUGCUAGCAGCCUUUGGAUUUUCUGCUGCCUACCUUUGUGUGAAAACAGCAGCAAAAAAGGACAAAAAUAUUAUAGUCCACUUUUGGUGACAACUAUUGAAGGAAUGGCUGGUCUUUCACUGAAAACUGUGGCAAAGGGAACAGGCCAGGCUGCAGGAGGAAUCUUUGGGCUGAUAUUCACAGUUCCUGAUUUGAUUGAUAACUGUGAAGAACUGAUUAAUAGCAAACAUCAGACUAAAGCUAGCACAUCUCUGAAGACAAAAGCUAAUGAAAUCCGUGAGGCUGUGAAAAAAUUAAAAAGCAAUUGAAAGAAUUACAAGAGAUGCUCGAACAAAUCCCUGAAAUGGAGUGUCACAUUGAUUUGGCUCUGGAGAUGUUUGAAUCUCAAACAUACACACGAGGCACCAUUUGUAUGGAGUAUAAACAGACCCAAAAGCAGGACAGGAAGACACAGAAGUUUAUUCUCUUAUGCACAAAAGACAUAGGAGUAACUAAGCAUGGUUCCACAGGUAAAGACAAAUCAGGUGACAACAAGAACAAAAGACAGAAGAAGGCUACUUCAACUGAAGACAGUAGAAGAACCUUAAACCUAAACCAGCAGAAGAAACCUGAUCAGAAAAAAACACCAAACAAGUCUAAAACAAAAGUAAAGGAAUUAAAGUUCUGCCUUCCUAAAAUAAUGUUGUCUAAUGUGCGUUCUAUUUCAAAUAAAGAAGAGGAGUUCAAAAAAAUGUUGGAAGAUGUGGAAAACUGCGAUAUGAUCUGCAUUACAGAGACAUGGAUGAAUUCGGAUUCAUCCCGCAUUGACAUGCCGGGAUAUAAGACUCUCUGGGCUGAUCGUGAUCCACGGCUUACUCAGAAACAUAGAGGAGGGGGACUGAUGAUGCUUGUGAAUGAGGCCUGGGCGACUGAUGUGCAGGUGGAAAACAUCAUGCAGACUCCAAAUUAUGAGUUAAUGGUUGUGUCCAUUAUACCACAUAACCACCCUGAGGGUGCUCCACCACUUACCUUCAUCCUUGUGUAUAUCCCUCCAGGUGCUAAAAAGACUCAAGCUGCCAUUGUCAUCGCUGAUUUUUACUAUCGUGCUCUGGAGAAGUAUGGUGGUCCUGUUUUCUUGUUGGGUGAUUUCAACCAUUGUAACUUUGAUCACUUGGGCCUGGAGCAAUAUGUCACAUGCAAAACCAGAAAAGAAAACACCCUGGAUAAGUGCUAUGGGAAUGUGAAAGGGGCUUAUAGAUCUGAAUGCAGACCCCCGGUUGGCCGGUCAGACCACAAUGUCAUUCUUUUGAUUCCUAAAGACAAGUCAGAUGAAAGUGACUCCUCCGAAGAUGAGAAGUGUAUGCAUGAGAAAACCAAACCCAGAAAGCAAUGAGAGGCUGCGCAACAGUUGUAGUUCUGUGUUGUUUUAUGUAGCACCGUGGUCCUGGAGGAACAUUGUUUCGGUUCACUGUGUGCUGUACUAGUAUAUGAUAGCUUGUUUUGUUGUAUAGAUGUAGGUGGCAGCGAACUACUUUAAAUUAACUUACUGAGUACAAAAAGUCAUUUAGAAAGAAGAAGAGAGUAUUAUAGUGGGAACUGGUCUGAAUACUGGCACAACAAUGAGGAACAACAUGAGGAAAAAACUUAAAUGAAAGGAAAGAAAAGAAAAUUAAAUGAAGGAAACUGUUGCUUGAUAUGCUUAAGCUAUGUGACUUAAAAAGAAGAAAUGCUACCACCAUGCUAGUCUACAAUUUUAAUCAAACAAAUAGCUUUGCAACUUAUAGUAUAAUACUACUAAAAGAUAUUUGAUCACUGAAGAUUACCAUUAUCACCAAAAUCACCUAUAAAUGUGUUGAUUUUAUUGAAAGGACCAGGACUCAAAAUGUGCAUGUUGCAGUCUAGCUGUGAAUGGUACCAUUAAUUAUUCACUGAAGAGGAAAACUGAAGAGGAUUCACAGUCUCUGGGGUGGUGGAAGUUAACCAUUGAAUCCUCUGUAAUCCAAGUGCAAGAUAAACCCUGAGGCGAGGAUGGAAACUGAUGAUUCAAGGAAAUGCCUUAUAUACUAAAUCCCCAGGAAGAAUGGUUCAGUGGGUUCACUGUGAACCAUUCGUCUUCUUGAACUCUUUCAAUCUACUUUUAUUUGGUACUGAUAAACACACACCAAUUAGUAUCUAACUUUGACUUUGCACUCUUAAAUAACACUCUAGUACAGGUGCAUCUCAA